UAUCACAAGAUUAUUCUUUGUGGUGAUGCGAUUAAUAUUAAUUAUAUGUAUAAAUUCAAGUUGCAACAUUUGCACAUUCCAAGCACCUUUUUAUCGUUGGUUCCCAGCACUGAACAGGUAUCGGGGAAGAAUCUGUACCUUUACAGAAAGCGGAAAAUUGUAUUUGCUUGUUUGGGUAAAGUGGGUGGAGUUUUCAGUUCCUCUCAGGCUUGUUCGUCACACCUUAUCUGGAGCCCAGUUCGGCUGCUGAAAGGUAAAGAUGGCGCUGCACGCCUGUCUGGUGCUGGUUCCUGUUAUUAGCCUCUUCCUGGGAUCCGUUUCAGGAUAUUCUAGUGGAUUGGUUCAAAAUGUCUGUGAGAGUAUGAUGCCACAGCAUGGGUUCGCUGCGCAAACCUCGUCUGCACCGUACACAAUUAUUGUAAACACCACAACGUUUAAACCAGGAGAUGUCAUCUCAGUGACGCUCCAAGGAAAUUCGGGAGCCCAGUUCAAAGGAUUUUUGCUGGAAGCUCGAGCUUCUGGUUCUUCAUCCUCUGUUCCGCUUGGCACGUUCACUGCAAAUCCUGAAACUCAGCUCCUGGACUGUACACUCAGUCAAACAACCUAUGCGAAUUCUGCCGUAAGCCAUAACUCAGGAAGUUCCAAAGCAAAGACCACAGUCACAUGGCAAGCACCAGAGGCAAAUGAUGUUGAAUUCAGGGCAACAGUUGUGCAAAUCAAAAGUACAUUUUGGACUCAAGUCAAGUCACAAGUUAUUCAAAGAUCUGUAAACACUGGAUCUACCACGCUAGGGUCAACAACAACUGUGACCCCAAAAUCCACAGCCUUUUCGCAUUCAGUCUCCAUGCAAUCAAUGUCUAGUACAGGCAAUAACAUAAUAUCAAGCGUUGGAUGUGGUACCACAAAGUUUUGCUUCAGUAACCCUGCGUCAUGCAAUCCAGCCAGUAAUCAGAACUGUUUCUUCAUGUCAUCAAUCGUCGUCGAUAACCAGGGGCUAAAAUUUGAAAUGAGCGGAAAUACAGCGGGUUACAUCUCCAUUGGCUUCUCCGAUGAUCGGAAUAUGGGCGAUGAUGAUAUUUACAUUUGUGGUAGGAAUACCUUUGGAAACAUACAAGUUCAGCGAGCCUAUUCCACAGGAAGAUCAGCUCCUCGGAUUGUGCCACUGGGUGAAGUGUACAACAUAAGUGUUUCAGACACAAAUGGAGUUAUCAAGUGCUCGUUCAUCACAAGAAAUAGCAUCUCAACAACACAAAGAGCUUCCAACAAUAUGUUCUACUUAUUCUUUGCUUAUGGAUCUACAGAUGGGGAUCGGAUACAGAAACAUUCAAAGUUGCCAUUCAUCUCUUCCCAGAAGGUAGAUGUUUCAAUUCCACAGUUAACAGAAGGGACCAACAGUAAACCUAUCCUCAUCAAGGUUCACGGUGCCUUGAUGUUGAUAGCCUGGAUGACAACCGGAAGCAUUGGUAUGAUGAUUGCUGCAUUUUUUAAGAAUGUUGGAAACAGGAAGAUUUUGGGCAAGGCUGUUUGGUUUCAGGUUCACCUAUCGCUGAUGGUUCUAACUGUUGCAGCAACAAUCACUGCCUUUGUGCUGCCUUUUGUGCAUGUGAAGGGUUGGAGUUACAAUGCAGGAGCACAUCCAGUCCUCGGCUGUAUUGUAAUGGGGCUUGCGCUGAUACAGCCAAUUGUAGCCAUCUGGCGCCCUUCGCCAGAUCACAAGAGGCGAUUUAUUUUUAAUUGGUUUCACGUUCUCAUGGCUCUUGUGAUCAAAGUCCUUGCAGUGGCCGCUAUAUUUCUUGGAUUUCAACUAAUAAAUGUAGCACCGAGUCGAUGGCCUGUGAAGGUUAUGGGAGGAUUUGUUGGCUGGGAAUCCCUGAUCUACCUCCUAAUUGCAGGAAAACAAUAUUCUGGAAGAAUGGCUAUAUACAGCAAUCUCCAAAAGAAGGUGGAGCUCGAAAGCAUCCUUCUGGUUGUGUAUCUGUGUGGAAAUCUAGCUUUUCUGAUAGCACUCCUAGUGGCAAUUGGACAAACUUAAAAUGUCACUUGCAACAGUGAUGAACUAACUGUCUUGUGGACCGUGAUUCACCGGGAUUUCCUGCAUCUUUACUUAGGUCAUAACGCAAGAUUUCAACACUUUAGCCACAAAUCCAAACAGAAUUGAGCACUGAUCCUAUGUUCGCUCGUAUCUGACUGAUUCGGACAUGGCAAGGCAAUCUCAGUGGCAAGAAAACGAUCCGACUAUACUUAAAGAACGCUGCCUUUCAAAGGCAGCAUCGCACAUUCAGCUCUUAAGUUGUUCCAAAAUUAAUUGCCAAUAAGUGUGAAUGAUGUGAUUGGGAAGAAUUCCUGGUAACACUAUUAAUUUUAUUGCAUCAGUCUACAUCUUUCUUACAGUAGUUGUGAUUGAGGUAUUCAAAUGCAACAUGAAGUAUAAUGUGCCCAGCUUCAUCUUUCCGUUGCUCUUUUUUUCUUCUCCUUUCAGCGAGUGUCAGGUUCCUAUUUUAUAUUUCCUCACCUCCUUCCUGCUGCAGAGUGGUUUACAAAGGAGAGUUUCGACCCAUUUAAGUGUUUUACAAUGUUAUUAGUAAGGCUGACAAUUCAUUACUGCACAAAGAUCCCACAGCCUUUUCUUGAAGUCUCGGGAGUGAAUAUAUUGGGCACAAUAAAAAAUUGUUGUGAAGCGUAUUUGAAAGGAUCCAGCAUUGCUGCAACUAGUCACUCUCUGCUAACUUCCUUCUAUUUGGCAACAGAUUGCGUAAGAAAAGUCUGAAACAAGAAGAAACUGACAAAAAAGGGUAUUUCCUGUUCAUUGUUCACAGAUAAUAUCUAUGCAGGGACUUGAUAAUCCUCGUCUCUAAAGAAAGUUUAAAAAAACACACACACGCGCGCACAUAAAGCUUGUACUUUGUUUUCAUAAAGAAAGUUUGCUUACAGAGAA